AUGAACUAUUACGGUCAACCCGGUCAACCCGGUCAUUAUAAUCAAUCAGGCCAACCUGGUGAACAAUAUUAUCAAUAUUAUCCUCCACCACCUCCAACGGAUCCAAAAUAUGAUCCAAAUGCUCAUCAUCAAUAUUCACCUCAUCCAGUUCCUCCACCUUCAUUUUCACAAUCUCAAUCCAUGGGAGGAGGAAGGGCUGCUAUCUUUUUCUUAUUACAUUUCGUUGCAUUCAUCGCCAUGUCCGUAAUCGCUUUAAGAAAUUACGCAGUACUUCAACGUAGUGGAGCUAAAACCGGUCAAGAUGUUACAUUAAAUUGGAGUAUACUAUGGCUAUUAUUAGUUUGUGUUGGAAUAGGUUUCGUUCUAAGUAUAAUCUAUUUGGCCUUGGCUCAUAUAUUCCCAAGACAAUUUAUUAAAGGAACAUUUAUUAUUUCAAUAAUAUUCUAUUGGGGUAUAGCUGCCUAUUUCUUUGUUAUGUUAUAUUUUAGUAUGGCUAUUUUAACAGCUAUUUUAGCCCUUUUUUAUACAUUAUUUUGGUUUUGGUGGAGAUCAAUGAUACCAUUUUCGUCUGUUAUGCUUAAAACUGUAACAGACAUAACAAGGAAAUACAAGAGUAUGAUUCUUGUUUCUUUUGGUGGAUUAUUUGCGGAGACUUUAUUCUCAAUAUGGUGGAUUUUUACAUUCAUUGCUGCAUAUCAAAUUUGGUAUCCAGAAGCUUGCAAAACAAGGCCCGGUGAAAAUUUGCCCGCAGCAGGAGGAGGGUGUGAAAAUGGAAAAUUAAUUGCUAUAAUUAUAUUUUUAAUAUUCUCUUACUAUUGGACUUCACAAGUUAUUCAAACUUGGGUACAUGUUACAACUUCCGGAGUUUUUGCUACAUAUUAUUUCCUUGCAGGAACACCUGAAGGAGUUCCUUCUUCACCUACUUUAAAAAGUGCAAAACGUGCUUCAACUACAAGUUUUGGAAGCAUUUGUUUAGGAAGUUUACUCGUUGCUAUUUUACAAGUUAUUGGUGCACUUUUGAGAAGCGCGGCGCAGGAUACCGAUAAUCCGUUUGGAGCUUUUUGUGCCGCUUGUGCUGCGGUACUUGUCGGUUGUAUCGAAUCAUUAUUGCAAUAUUUCAACUUUUAUGCUUAUACGCAAGUUGCAAUUUACGGAAAGUCAUUCUGGGAAUCUGCAAAGGAUACUUGGACAUUAGUCAAAGAUCGUGGUGUUGAAGCAAUUAUAAAUGAUAAUUUAAUUGGUAACGUCUUAGUUAUGGGUGCAUUUCUCGUGGGAAUUAUCACGGCAUUAUUAAGUUAUUUGUACACAAUUAUAUUUGAACUUUCAUUUAAUCAUAAUGGAGAAUUUACUCCUUUGAUUGUUUUCUUGGGAUUCAUCGUUGGUUUUCAAAUGUUGAAUAUCAUUGGAUCUGUUAUAUUGAGUGGAACUGCUACCACUUUUGUAUGUUUAGCAGAAGAUCCAAAUGCUUUAGCUAGAACCAAACCCGAAUUAUAUCAUGAGAUUCGUGUCACAUAUCCUAGUUUAGUUACUGGAAUGUAA